CCCCAAAACUACAAUAACUAUAUGUCAAAGGUUCCGGACCAUGGUUUUAACUAUAAUGUCCAAAAUCACAACUACUACAAGAACAAUCAAAGGAAUCGAAAGUACAAAGGCUUAAAAAAUUGCCGAAUUUAUUCGUAUCCUGAUUAUAUGUGUAAUACUCCCCCAUCAAAUGAUUACGACUCAUCUUAUUCCAGUUCUUUUUAUUAUCCUUCUUAUUCUCAUCUUUUAAAUUCCUCUUUAAAUUAUUCCAAGCCAGAUUUCAAUUUGAAUAAUGAUAAUGAUAAUGAUAAUGAUAAUGAUAAUGAUAAUGAUAAUGAUAA